UCGUCGGGGAGCGCAAACUCACGUGCUUUCACUGAGGACUUUUCUCGUGAGGCGGACUUCUCGAGGCGAGUCCGAGUGCGAGGUCUCUUGAAGUGAAUUCAAUUGUAUAAGUGGAACUGCCAUGUUAGGACAAGGAGGAAAAAUAUGAAAUAACUCACCCAGUGAAAGCACAACUGGGAGUAGAAGAGCACAAUUUUCUGUGUUUUUUCUCCCUCUUGUUGAUGUCUCUUUCGCAAUUGCUGGUGUGUAGCACGAACUCUUUUGCCAUCUUUCGUGAUUUCCUUAAAGUAAUGGCAUAAAACUCAACCAAGUGCAAUGGAAUGUGCCGAACUCUAGAGUGAACGCAGUUUUGAGAAACUAAUCAUGUUGAAUUAACACCAGAAGUUAUCGUCUCUUCAGCGAAAACUUUCCAGUCAGAUGAUGUUGCAAUGCGUUAGAGAAUUUGCAAUUUCCAUUACUUUCAACACGCUAUAGGCAGAAAGUAUUUUCCCAUAUGAGCUCCCGGCUAAACAAUUUUAUUUGAAGGAAAACCUCCUGGCGUGUAGUUGCAAAAUAUCGAUUGCUUCGCUGCGCGCCUUUUCCGCAUCGUUUGAAUCUUAAAUUCAUGAAAAGUGCAUGGAUUUUGCAUGCGAAUGGUUUUAUUUUAUGAGUGUCUUACUGGUAUUAUAGGUAAAAAGGGGUUCUUGUCAAGGUUAUGCUGAAGCUGAAUAUCUAUGGAUUUCACCCAUUGUUCCGACCGAGUGUUUUCGCGAGUCUAGACAGUUGUAGUGCCUCCCUUAAAGCCCAUCUCAGUGAAUAUUCGAUGUGAAGAAGGAAGCACAAAGUGCAAAGUUCACAAACUAAGCAUUUUCAUUGAACCAGCUACAUUCUUAUUUGAUAUAGCUGGGAGGAGUGUAUAAAGCAUUCUCUGCUUUUAAAUAUUCCAACAGUAUCACAUCUCACUCAUAUAACAUUUUAGUAGGAAAGAGACAUAUUUUCCUUGAGAACAUCCACCUUUUAUGUGUGUGUUGUGCUGAGAGAAAGCGGAGAAGGGCAUAAAAAGGUAAACUAACCCCCUGAAAUGCAAAUAAAGUGAAUUAAAGUGCUUGUGUGAGCGGCAGGAAGGAAUGGAAGAAAGUAGAAAAUCCCAUUGAAAGCUUAAAGUUUUUUUCAAGAAUAUCUCCAGUGUGAUAUCGGAUAAAAAGAGGUGAAACUGGUGAAAGAGUAAUGUGAUCCCAUCAUUUGACCUCUAUAUACACAAGCACGACCCCAGAGCAGCUGCUCAGACGACGAAAAACCCAAACCCUCCGCCGAGGAGACGACACGACAGCGCGUCAAUUGAGUGAGGAGGCAACGAGGGAGAAAUGAUGAGGCUUCUGUGGAGUAUCAUCACGACAUUUUUCACAUUCUCCACACUAUGGCAAGGUGUAAUUUGUCUUCGGCUUGUGCGACUCGUGGUGCCAGCUUACAAAUUCCGCGGAGAAUCGGCGCACUUGGAGUGUCUCUACGAGCUGGAGGGCAGUCGCGAGUCCGGCAAUGACGAUGGCUACAAUUACGGUGGCCAUUUCGAUAGCGACGAGCGGGAAACUCUCUACUCCGUGAAAUGGUACAAAGACAACGAGGAGUUCUACCGCUUCGUUCCUCGGGCGAAUCCUCCGCAGCAUAGCUAUAAGGUCGAUGGCGUUCGAGUGGAUCAUAAAUUCUCAGACAGCACCAAAGUCAUGCUUCGUGGCAUAUCCCUCAAAUCAACUGGUGAAUAUCGCUGUGAGGUCUCCGCCGAGGCGCCGGAAUUCAAAUCGAUCCAGGGCGAAGGACGAUUAGAUGUGAUUUAUCUUCCAAAGGACGGACCACACAUAAAGGGCGAAGAGGAGCGUCAAUACCAAGUGGGCGACACACUGAGGCUGAAUUGCACUUCUGGGAAAUCACACCCGUUCUCGCUUCUGGAGUGGUUCAUCAAUGACGAGCAGGUGAAAGAUAGGAACUCUUUGGUCAAUUAUCCACCGUAUCAGCAUCCUCAUGGACUGAUCACCACGAGAUUGGGUCUGAAUCUCGAGCUGGAGCCACGACACUUCACCGACGGGGCUGUGCACGUAAAGUGUGUGGCGAGUUUGUCGCCGGUCCUCUGGCGCGGCGGCAAGGAGAGCAUUGUGCAGACAACGAGACGACAACAUUUGCUCGACAACCGAGAAGCAAUGCUGCUGGUGCGCAGCGGAUCCUCGACGCUGUCGACAAUGUCACGACAUGGGGGAAUAUUCCUUGCAUGCCUUCAUCUCCUGCUUCGUCAGUGCUGCGUCUGAAAACACACCCCGGUGAGAAAUUAAAUUUCUCUCAAAGGGGUGCACACACAAGUUUUCCACGACAAGAAAUCCUCCAGGGGGAUCAACAAUCAUAUUUUUCUAAGAAGCAUAAGUGCACACACACACAGUAGUCGAAACUGCGAGGUGACGAGGAAUGGAAGUUGUGAGAGGAAAGAGUAUUUCGCGUUCAGAAUUAGACGAAAAAAUGUACAUAAGAGAUCUUAUAAAUAAAUUGGGAGAAAAUUAAUUAUAAGGGUAGAAGGUAAUAUUCAAAAGAAUUCUAGACAGAUUUUUAUUUAAUUGCCCAAGAAAUUAGAUUGACUCUACCCUCUGAAUUCCUUCCCCUUUUUCUCUUCAUCAUCAUUGAAUUCCUCAUAUUCCAGGAGUUGUAAAACACCACACUUUCCCGGGAUUCUGCACGGUGAAAAGGAGAAGAGAGGUGGAUAGGGAAAUUUGAUGAGAAAAGAGAUAUUUUUUCGGAAUGACGGAAAAAAAUUCAAUGUGAAAAUG